AUGCAAUACUCAUCCACUGUCGUCUCCGCUGCGACCCUGUUCUCCAUGGUCCAGGCCGUCAUCAUCACCAACACUGCUGAAUCCUUCACCGGCGUCACCGCUGGACAGCCCCUCGAGAUCACCUGGAGCGGUGCCACUGGACCCGUCUCUCUGACCUUGAAGAACGGCCCGUCCACCGACCUUGACGACGUGCUCGACAUUGCCUCUGGUCAGACCGGUACUAGCUACACCUGGACUCCGCCAUCCACCCUGCCACCGGAUACCACCUACGCCAUCGAGAUCGAGGACUCGACCGACACCCCUAACUACACUGUUCAAUUCGCCAUCACCGGAGGCACCGGAAGUGUUCCAUCGUACAAGGUCUCGUCUGCCCCAACCCCCGUCGCUUCCGUCGAAUCGUCCGCCCCCGCGACCCACCCCCCAUACACGACCGCGCACACUACCUCUGCCCCUCACCCAGCCCCAACCGUGCCAGGCAAUGCAACCACCCCCGUAGCCCCUCCCGUGGCCUCGGCUUCCCCUUCCAUCUCCCCCAACGGUACCAUGGGUACCCCCGGGCCAUACUCCACCAACCCUGCCAUUGCCCCUCCCAACGACAACUCGGCCGGCAGCUUUGCCUCCCCCCUUGCAUUUGUUUUCCUGGCUUUCGCUGGUCUCCUGACCCUCAACUAA